GGUGCAAAUAGGAGAAAUCAUUACCCUCGUGACUUCACAAGAAACAGCGCGAAAUUCCCACUAGAAUUCCCACAUUGGCAGGCCCAGCAACAACAAUGGCGGAGAUUGUGAUCCUAGAAUUUUCCACGUCGUGAUCCUCCCGAUCUACACCGUUUAUUGUUCAAACCCGUCAACUCAAUCUUUCAAAUGGAAAUGAUAGUAACAGUUGAAGAAGAUAACCAUUACUGGUGGAGGAUGGCCAGAAAACGAAGCAAAAAGAGAAGAAACAAGAAAUCCAACAGAACACAGCUGUUGGUUUCGUUUCACCACUUCUCUGUAAAGUGAUAAUCCAGCGUUGACCCAGCAUUUCAAUCCCUCCCAGAACGUGACUUUUGCGGUUCGGCUCCACUUUCAUGCUCCUCAUCUAUCACUGGUUUUGUCUCUGUCUCUCUCCCAUAUCCCUGCGAUUCGUAUUGAUUGCUUCUGUGGGUCUGUUUCUUUUUCUAUGGACUUUAAAUUUGGUAAUCUCAACGAGGUUUCGGUUCAUCCCGGUAUUCUUCCUUUCACAUUACGUAGCGUCGUAUUACAGCCUGCAAAAACCGUUUUGCUUGAUGCUAAUAUUUUGUUUUGACAUCGUCCUUGUGAGUUCGAUUGAUGAAGAUGGCUCAAAUCUUUUGGAGUUCAAAGCUUCUCUUGUUGACCCACGAAAUUAUCUUCACAACUGGAAUUCUUCUGAUUCGACUCCUUGCAAUUGGAAAGGUGUGCAUUGUGAGGAUUCGUUGGUAACUUCCGUAAAUCUUCAUCAACUCAAUCUGUCUGGUGCUUUAUCUUCUAGCAUCUGUAACCUUCCAUGGCUAGUUGAGUUGAAUCUGUCAAAAAAUUUUAUUUCUGGUCCUAUUCCUGUGGAUUUUGUCAAUUGUCGUCGUUUAGAGAUAUUAGACCUUUGUACAAAUAGGUUCCAUGGAGAACUUCUGAUUCCUUUCUGCAAAAUCACCACACUGAGAAAGCUUUACCUCUGUGAAAAUUACAUGCAUGGUGAAGUGCCUGAAGAGAUUGGGAAUUUAACUUCACUUGAAGAGCUAGUCAUUUACACCAACAACUUAACUGGAAGAAUUCCCACGUCUAUCAGUAAGUUGAAGCAGCUUAAAAUCAUCAGGGCAGGUGUUAAUAGCCUCUCAGGUCCAAUACCCGUGGACAUAAGCCAGUGUGAGAGCUUGCAGAUAUUAGGAUUCUCACAGAAUCAGCUAGAAGGGUCCAUUCCAAGGGAGCUUCAAAAGCUUCAGAACCUUACUGAGUUAAAUCUAUGGCAAAACUAUUUGUCUGGUGAGAUUCCUCCUGAGAUUGGAAAUCUUAGUAGUCUGCGAUCGCUUGCUUUGCAUCAUAAUUCAUUUGGUGGAGCUCUCCCCAAGGAGCUUGGAAAGCUGUCAAAUUUACAAAGGCUGUACAUAUACACUAACCGCUUGAAUGGCUCAAUUCCGGUGGAGCUAGGGAACUGCACAAAUGCCAUUGAGAUAGAUCUGUCUGAAAACCGUUUAAGUGGAAAUAUUCCCAAAGAGUUGGGUCAGAUUUCUGGUCUAAGAUUGCUUCAUCUAUUUGAAAAUCUUCUGCAGGGAGAGAUACCUCAAGAGCUUGAGAAGUUGAAGCUGUUAAAGAAGUUAGACCUAUCUAUAAAUAACUUAGCUGGUACAAUUCCACUAGCAUUUCAAAAUCUUACAUACAUGGAGGAUUUGCAGCUAUUUGAUAAUCAACUUCAGGGUAAAAUUCCUCCUUAUCUUGGAUCUAAUAGCAACCUUACAGUUCUUGAUAUAUCUACAAAUAAUCUUCUUGGUAUGAUACCUCCCCAUCUUUGCCGCAAUCAGAAAUUGCAGUUCCUGAGCCUUGGGUCAAAUAAGUUGCUUGGCAAUAUUCCAGAUGACCUGAAAACAUGCAAGCCUCUUGUGCAACUAAUGCUGGGAGACAACCAACUGACAGGAAGCUUCCCUCUUGAAUUAUAUGGACUUCAUAAUCUUUCUGCUCUUGAACUUCAUCAGAACCGAUUCUCAGGACUAAUAGACCAUGGGAUAGGUCGCCUCAAGAAUUUAAAGAGGCUCCUCUUAUCAGACAAUUAUUUUGUAGGUUUUCUUCCUCCUGAGAUUGGGAAUUUAACACAGCUUGUCUCAUUCAACAUUUCCUCUAAUUUUCUCAGUGGAAGCAUACCUUAUGAGUUGGGCAACUGUAUAAAACUUCAGAGGCUUGAUCUAAGUAGAAAUGAGUUCACUGGUGCUCUUCCAGAAGAUCUGGGCAAGCUGGUGAAUCUGGAGCUGUUGAAACUUUCAGAUAAUAGAAUCUCUGGAACAAUACCAAGUGCUUUAGGGGAGCUCACACGUCUCACAGAUUUGGAACUAGGGGGUAACUUAUUUGUUGGGAGCAUUCCUUUUCAUUUGGGUCAAUUAGCUGCUCUUCAGAUUGCUCUUAACAUGAGCUAUAACAGACUUUCUGGUACAAUUCCUGACAGCCUUGGGAGCUUGCAAAUGUUGGAAAGUCUUUAUUUAAAUGACAAUCAGCUUGUUGGUGAAAUUCCUGCAUCAAUUGGUGAGCUUCCCAGCCUCUUAGUCUGCAAUGUUUCCAAUAAUAAACUGGUAGGGGUUAUUCCAGACACACCAGCAUUCCGUAAGAUGAAUUUUACAAAUUUUGUUGGAAACAAUGGAUUGUGUCGUGGAGAUUCAUAUUAUUGUCAUCCAUCUCAUCCUUCAAGCUGGAUGGGAGAUGGUUCAUCAAAACAAAAGAUAGUGAGCAUUGUUUCUGGGGUGGUUGGAUUUGUUUCUCUUAUUUUCAUAGUUUGUAUAUGUUGGGCCCUGAAACGCCGUGGCUCUUCUUUUGUCUCAAUUGAAGGGCAAUCAAAGCCUCAUGUCCUAGACAACUAUUACUUUCCUAAAGAAGGUUUCACAUAUCAGGAUCUCUUGGAAGCCACUAGCAAUUUUUCAGAAGCAUUGAUUAUUGGAAGAGGAGCUUGUGGAACUGUCUACAAGGCUGUUCUGACUGAUGGUGAGGUGAUGGCAGUCAAAAAGUUGAAUUCUCGUGGAGAAGGAGCCAAUGUGGACAGAAGUUUCCUUGCGGAAAUUUCAACUCUUGGAAAGAUCAGGCACAGGAAUAUUGUGAAGCUGUUUGGGUUCUGUUGUCACGAGGAUUCUAAUAUUCUCUUGUAUGAAUACAUGGAAAACGGCAGCCUUGGUGAACAACUUCAUUCAGAUCCAAACUUGUGUAUAUUGGGUUGGAGUAGUCGCUACAAAAUUGCUCUUGGAGCAGCAGAAGGCUUGUGCUAUCUUCAUUAUGAUUGUAAACCUCAAAUCAUCCAUCGUGAUAUAAAGUCAAACAAUAUAUUGCUUGACGAAGUGUAUCAGGCUCAUGUUGGAGACUUUGGCCUGGCUAAGUUGGUGGACUUUUCCUACUCCAAAUCCAUGUCUGCUGUGGCAGGUUCAUACGGCUAUAUUGCUCCGGAAUAUGCUUACACCAUGAAGGUGACUGAGAAAUGUGACAUAUAUAGCUUCGGGGUAGUUUUGCUGGAACUAGUUACUGGGAGGUCACCUGUUCAACCUUUGGAGCAGGGUGGUGAUCUAGUUACUUGGGUGAGAAGAUCAAUUCAAGCAUCGGUACCAACAUCUGAAUUAUUUGAUAAAAGAUUAAAUCUGUGUGCACAAAAAACAAUUGACGAGAUGUCUCUUGUUCUCAAAAUUGCUCUGUUUUGCACCAGUGCAUCCCCACUUAAUAGGCCAACAAUGAAAGAGGUCAUUGCGAUGUUGAUUGAUGCUAGGGAGUAUGUCAACAAUUCUCCAUUGACCCCUACAUCUGAAUCCCCGUUAGAUGAAGAUGCUUCUUCCAAAGGUGAUCUAGAGUUGUAACACUUGAUCUCGCACUUGAUUUAGCUCAAUUCGGUCGAGGUUAGAAGUAUUAUGUUUAGCUAUGAAGAAGCAAAUCUUCUGCUUUAACUCAACCAGAUGUCCCUCCAUUGCAAGUUCCUUAUACAAGAUAAGCCUGGGUAAAUUUUCUAUGCCAACAUCAAUAAACUCAAAUCCAAACUUCUUCUGAUGUACAAUGAGAACAUGUGUAGUUGCUCUCAACUCAUAACGUCAUGUUGUCAUGAUUUGAAAGUUUCUCUCUUAAUUCAAUACAUCAAAAUGUAAUUGUAACUUGUACGUUACUGUACAAUUCCGCUGGUUUUCUGCGGGAACACAUCUCAGUUAAAUUUUA